GUAAUGGAUGACCAAGUUCGACCUUGCUCCGUAUCCUCGGCACCAUGAACAGCACACAUAAUGCCUCACAUAUUCCUUGUGAGAUUUGGCUCGAAAUAUUCAAGCUUGCCUGUACGGAUGGCGGGUCUACCGGGCGUUCACUCUCCCUAGUCUCUAGGGUCUUCUAUGAUCUUGCCAAAGAAACGCGAUUCCACAGCGUUUUUGUAUACGACGUGUCCACCAUUUCUACUUUGACAUGGAAAUCCAUCCGGACGACUCUGAGAGUUCGAAAAGGGAGCUGGCUGCAUACAGAUCGAACCGCGCUGUAUUU